AUGGCCAUCUACGCCGAUCACCCGUACGCUCUCAUACCGACCCCGACGUACCAAGCCUCUCAAAAUGAAAAAGAUGCGCCCGAGCCUGAUGUGUUUUCCCGCAUCGCCUCCGGCAUGGCGCUCAUCCACAACAUGGCGAUUCGCGGCCUGAACUCGAUAUACCUACAAGCGCCACACGUCUCAGCCUCUGACACGAAAGCUUUCUUGCAAUACACACUUGCUUGGUACAGUCUGCUGCACGUCCAUCACUCAGGAGAAGAAGCCGACUUCUUCCCAGCAAUAGAGGAGAUGACGGGGCACAAGGGGCUGAUGGACUGCAACGUCUCGCAGCAUCAAGAGUUCCAUGAUGGGCUGGUCGCUUUCAAGACCUACGUUGACGCUUGCGUUUCUGGAGAGGAAAUGUUUGAUGGCCCGAAGUUGGUUACGCUGAUUGACGCAUUUGGGGGAGUGUUGACAAAACACCUUGGAGAUGAGAUCCCGAGUAUCUUGGGGCUCAAGACUUUUGGCACCGAAAAGAUGGCACCGUUGGAGAAGGUGUUUGCAGAAGAAGGCGAGAAGAGCAUGAAAGCACUGGGCUUGGUCAAGGGCCUUCCUUUCUGCUUCUCUAAUCACGAUAUCGCUUUCGAGGGCGGCCGAUGGGUAAACUGGCCACCGGCACCACCGGUUAUCAAGCUUCUCUGCAAACAAAUCACAUAUCGAUUCCACACGAAAUGGUGGAAGUUUGCCGCAUGCGAUCGACUGGGCAACUUGAAGCCCCUUUACGCCGUCCCUAGCGAGGCAGCUCAAAGCUCCUAG